AUGGUACAGUGGGGCGAUAACAAAAUAAAAAGAGUUCUUUGCAAGCACUAUUAUGAUUCUAAGAAGUAUUUGCUCAGUUCAAAAGAUGUCGAAGAUUUUUUGGAUGAGAGGGAAAAACUUAUUCUUCACUACAGAGAAUACCUAUGCCCUUAUGAAUGGAUUUCUAUACAUGAUCUUUGUUAUAAAUAUGUUAGCUUUUCAAUUCCAAAACCGUGGAAUGAUGCUGCGGAGCAGUGUCAAAUGGAGCAUGGCACACUAGCUGUAUUACGUGAUUACGAAACUUACCGUCAUAUUCUACAGGAGAUUAAGAAGAGUUAUUUUUGGGUCGGAAAACGUCGGUGGAAACUUGAGUGGGAGUGGUAUGAUUUUGCUCCUGCAGGACCGAUAAAGAUUUUGGGAGAAAUCGACGAAAACGACGAUUGCGCGCAUGCUAGAAAUGAAGAUGGUCUUGGCGCCACUGAAUGUUUUAAUGAACUUCCAUUCCUGUGCCAGUUUGAUCCCAAGAAGUACUGCAGGGCAGGGUUCACAGAGUAUGAAGGAUUCUGUUACAUGUUUCAGCGAACGAAACAGCCGUUAAGAAUUGCUGAGGAGGUCUGUGAUGCAAGAGGCUCUCGAAUAGUCUGGAUUGAUUCAGAAGAAGAACUUCAGUUUCUAGAGAACUUAUAUUGGGGAGGGAAGAGAGUGGGAGGUGACAAAACGAUUUUAUUCCGGAAAGAGCGUUUGCAAAGGGUUUUUAUGGAAGAGAACGCUAUCAAUAAGAUCCCUCAAAUUAGUGAGGCAGUAUUUAAACUGGAUAACUAUCCAGAUCUAGGAAAAUUUAAGCCAAAUGUUGUAACAUUAAGGGAAGAGGUGAGGGGAUUAUCAAGUAAGAGGACAUUUUGGAUUGCAUUAAGAUACAUUCAUGGGUCAUGGAGUUUUCCGGACCAGGAAAAACCAAAACUCUUGAAGUGGGCUACGAAUGAGCCAGAUGGUUGCUGCGCCUCUCAAGUAAUGUCUCAUGCAGCACAUGAGCCUGGGAAAGGUUGGAGUGAUCGGAAUGAACAACAAGUGGAAAACUUUAUUUGCAAGUACAAAAAAGGAUUUAGAGAUUUGCCAAGUUCCGUUUUUGAAGGAUCACCCGGUGGCUUUCAGUACGAGGGCAAUCGGAUUAAAUUGAGAAGAGCUUCACCACGUUCGUCUCCAGGGGUUCUGUUAGGAGGUCUGGAUUCGCGGGAUAACGUAGUGAAAAUGACAUUUAUAAUGGGAAUGUUGACAUCAACAUUAGUGAUAUGCAGCGUCGGGUCCGUUAUUUUAUACUACUCCACAAGAAGGGCAAAACUGGACUCUAAUAUACUGGCUUUAUACGACAUGGUGACGAAAAGUGAUGCUGCAAGAUACAAUAUGGCGUUGUAUGACCAAACUUAUUGUGAAGGUUAUGCAAGACAUUUACGAGAAGUAAAUAUACCGAAACAGCGUAGUGAUCUGGAAGUGACGGAGUGGGUUGGGAAAGUGCAGGGGGCGCAAUUCCAAGGGAAACAGGAGGCGCGAGGAAAAGAAGAAGCAAUGGAAAAGACAGAAGAGAAACGCGAAGGGCCAAAAGGAAAAAGCAAAUCUCAAGGAGUGCAGGAACUGCCAGCAAUUGAUCCAGUAGCUACAGAGGAAGUCUGUCACGAAGCCUACAUAAAACAAGCGGUGCCUGCCGAGGAAAGCUUUGAUGCUGGCUCUGUAUGGAGAAAAUGCCCGCUUUGA